UUCUUAUCAGUAGUUGAGCUGAAAUAUUUCCACCUCCCUAUCAAAUGUGUGAAUGAAAAAUUAAAAACAAUUCAACGAAAACGGGAAACCCUUAUCAUUAAUGUAAUGAAGCAGCAAAGACACCAGCAACAAGACCCAAAUAAGUUACAUUGCUGCACAUAAUUUGUUGUAAUUUGAGUUAGAUUUGGGGUUACAAUGUUUCGAGGUAAAAGGUUACUACUGGUAAAUCUUGUUUUUUGUUUAUUUGCUAUGUACUUUUUUUAUACCUGGCUAAAGGUCUCCUUUCAGCAAUCUUUGGUGUCGAAGGUUACAGUGUUGAAGUCUUUUAGUGGGAAAAAUAAUAAUUUGAAGACUCCAACGUUUAUUCCCAUAAAAUACGAAGUGAUCAAGGGAUAUUUUUACCAGGACGAUCCUUCGAGUAUUCCUUCUGAUUUCAACUAUUUGGUUGACGACUUUGGGUUGAUCGCACCUAAUACAUGGAACCAAGUGAAGUUUGAUCUCAAGAUUCUUAAUGACAAUUCUCCUGAUAAUGUUGCAUAUAAACUAUUGUUUUUAGCGAGACAUGGAGAGGCGCCUCAUAAUGCUGCCAAAAUAUAUUAUGGACAGAAGGCAUGGGACUGUUAUUGGGCUCAUUUGCCUGGAAAUAGAACCAUGACUUGGUUAGAUGGGCAUUUAACUGAGUUAGGGACUCAGCAGGCCAAAGAUAACAAUCCAUCGUGGAAAAAACAAUUGACAAAAGAUGCUCCUUUUCCAUCUAGUUUUUAUUGCUCGCCUUUGACAAGGUCCAUUGAAACAUUGAUUUACACUUGGAACGAUAUUGGUUUGUUUGCUCCGCCAUAUGUUCAUCCAGUGUUUAAGGAAAUGUUGAGAGAAGAUAAUGGGGUGGAUACAGCAGAUAUCAGAAUGAACAAGACAUAUUUAAGCAAAGUAUAUCCAGAAUUUGAAUUUGAAGAUGGGUUUUCUGAAGAGGAUGAAUUGUGGGAUCCAUAUUUCUACGAAAGUAAUGAAGCCCAUGACGUUAGAUCGCACAGAUUUUUGGACGAUAUCUUUGCAAAUGAUUCGUCUGCAUUUAUAUCAGUUACCAGUCAUUCUGGAACCAUUUAUUCUAUAUUUCGAGUCAUUGGACAUGCAGAUUAUAUUGUUGAUACAGGUGGAAUGGUUCCGGUGAUAGUCAAGGCAAUUGGACCAAGUAUUGAGGGCACAAGUUCCAGUAGAACCGGAUUGUUCACUAGCUCAGUUACUUCCAUUGCUGCUACCUGGUGCACUGUUACUAGUGAAAGUAUUAUCGUAACAGCAACAUCAAACCCAUCAUGAGAGUAUUUUUAUUUCUAUUCUACUGAGUUUUUUUAUUUUAUUUUGUUUUGUUUUAUUAAUUUCCUAUUCAUGUUACUGAACUAUGUAAUGUUUUAUUAUUUUUUCUUCUUUUGUGGAUCUUCAAAUUUCAAAAUCAUUUCCCAGCUUAUCUAUAUAUAAAUACUUUAAAUAGACAGCAAAAUCAGCAAAAUCCGAG